ACACGUCAACAAGUGACUGAGUGGUCCGUGCAAUAUCAGAAUGCUCAUACUGGUAUGAGAGCUGGUCCUGUGGGUUUACAUCCGGCCCUCUGUGCUUCCUUCUUUUCCUGCCCUGCUUCUCGCUGUCCACAUGCAGGCGAAGAAGCGAUACCUGCUGGUAUCUGUGGGGGCCUGUAGCCUGCUACUAGCCUACCUGUGUGGCCUACAGAUCGGCGAGUUCCAGAACCACGCAGAGCUUUACGGAGUCUCACAGAUCCCUGGUGUCCCACCUCGUCCGCCUCGCUGGCCAGAAUGGCUUGAUCCUCCGCUGCAGACGUACCUGGGUGAGGCAGAGCAGGAAGAGGACGGGCCGCUGCUUCUUCAUCAACACACGUCUCCUCGCGAGAGGCGGGAAAUCCAGAAGAACAUCUACAAGAGCCGGCGAUGUCGAAUGGACACCUGUUUCGACUUCCAGCGCUGUGAACGGGGCUUUAAAAUCUACGUUUACCCCCCUCAGAAAGGUGAAGCACCCUCGGAAAGCUACCAGAAGAUUCUGGCAGCCAUCGAGGAAUCGCGGUUCCACACGACAGACCCUAACCAGGCCUGUCUUUUCGUACUGAGUAUAGACACUCUAGACAGGGACCAGCUGUCCGCUCAGUAUGUACACAAUGUCCGAGCCCGAAUUCAAAGCCUCCCGCUGUGGUACGAAGGGAGGAACCAUCUGAUUUUUAACUUGUACUCUGGAACGUGGCCUGAUUACACGGAGGAACUAGGCUUCGAUAUCGGCCAAGCCAUGUUGGCCAAGGCCAGCACCGACAUGGACAACUUCAGACCACACUUUGAUGUGUCCAUCCCUCUGUUUUCAAAAGACCAUCCUCAGAAAGGAGGGGGAAAAGGUUUUCUGAAUCUUAACAAUGUCCCUCCUUUACGGAAAUACUUGCUGGUCUUCAAGGGGAAGAGGUAUCUAACCGGCAUUGGUUCUGAAACCAGAAAUGCUCUGCAUCAUAUACACAAUGGGGAUGAUAUCAUUUUAUUGACUACAUGCAAACAUGGGAAGGACUGGGAGAAACAUAAGGAUGCAAGGUGCGACAGAGACAAUGAAGAAUACACAAAGUUUGAUUACCAGGAGCUGCUUCACAACUCCAGUUUUUGCCUUGUUCCUCGAGGCAGGAGGCUUGGGUCCUUCCGCUUUCUAGAGGCCCUGCAGGCGGCCUGUAUUCCUGUGCUGCUGAGUAACGGAUGGGAGCUGCCCUUCUCAGAGGUCAUUGACUGGAGUAAAGCGGCUAUCAUUGGAGAUGAGAGAUUAUUGCUGCAGGUUCCAUCCAUCACCAGGUCUGUGAGUUCUGACAGAAUCCUGGCACUGCGGCAGCAGACACAGUUCCUGUGGGACGCCUACUUCUCCUCCGUCACAAAGAUAGUCUUAACCACAUUAGAGAUUAUCCAUGACCGGAUAAGGACGCACAUGACCAGGAGCAGGAUAAUGUGGAAUUCUUUGCCUGGAGGACUCUACGCACUUCCUGAGUUCUCCAGCGACCUCACCCUCUUCCCCUUCUACUACUCGACACUCGGUAAGAGUCCAUCUCAGGAGUUUACAGCCGUCAUUCAAGCGGUCACACCUUUACAGUCCCAACAGCAGCCCAUAUUCAAGCUGAUCCAUGCAGUCACCAAGUCCAAGUUCUGUGCGCAGAUUUUAGUGCUGUGGAACUGUGAGAAGCCUCCACCACCCAGAAACAAGUGGCCCUCCAUCACAACACCCUUCUCCAUCAUCGAGGGCAAGCGAAAGACGAUGAGUGGCCGUUUUUUCCCUCAUCAAGCUAUCAAAACUGAUGCAGUUCUCAGCCUGGACGAGGACUCGGUUCUGUCCACCAAUGAGGUGGAUUUUGCCUUCAUUGUAUGGCAAAGUUUUCCAGAUCGUAUUGUGGGCUACCCAGCACGCAGCCAUUACUGGGACAGUGGGAAGGGGAGGUGGGGUUAUACCUCUAAAUGGACCAACGAAUACUCCAUGGUGCUGACAGGAGCUGCGUUCUACCACAGGUAUUAUCAUCACCUGUACACAUACUACCUGCCGAUGUCUCUGCUGUCAAUGGUGGACCAGUUGGCCAACUGUGAGGAUAUCCUCAUGAAUUUCCUCAUCUCUGCAGUAUCCAAACUCCCGCCAAUCAAAGUCACGCAGAAAAAACAGUACAAGGAGACCAUGAUGCAGCAGGGCUCUAAGGCGUCUCGAUGGGCCGACCCAGACCACUUUGCACAGCGUCAGUCCUGCAUGAACUCUUUCACAAGUUGGUUUGGCUUCAUGCCUCUCUUACACUCUCAGUUGCGUCUGGAUCCCGUGCUCUUCAAAGACCAGGUGUCCAUCCUACGCAAGAAAUACAGAGACAUCGAGAGAUUGUGAAGCACUAUCCUCCCUCCCACACACUCCAGUGAACUCAACCGGACAUCCUGAAAAAGAUCUGCAGUGUUUGAUUCACCUGGACUCAUUACAGACCAGAGACAAAAAAACAGUAUAUUCCAUCUACAGAAUAAAUUAUAACAAAAUAUGCAACGCUGAAUGGUUUUAUCUGCGGCUGAAAGUUUUGUGGCAACAGCUGCUCAGAAUCAGACUGAUCUUUGCCCGUUUGAAUUUGUUGUCGUUGUCGGUGUCGUUGUUUGGGAAGGCUGUGCUUUCUGCACACGUUGAAGCGGGCGUGUGGUGGAUGGAUGAAAAAUAGCUGAAUGAGUCGCCUAUGCCUGCAAUAUGUAUUUUAAUUUCAAUUCUUUUUUUAAAGAAAUUAUCUUUUUAUUUAAAAGAAGGUAAAAAAAUAAAAUCUAUGAAUGCAAAGGGGGUUUGCACCCUAAAUAUUCACUUUU